GCCUCGGCCGCCAUGAAGCCGCUGCUGCUCCUCGGGCUCCCGCUUCUCCUCGUCCUGCUGGCCGCGACGACCCCCGGCUGCCAGGGCGUCGUCAUUCCCCGGUGCCAGCUGGUCCGGAUCCUCCGGCGGCAUGGGCUGGGGGGCUUCGUCAGGAAAACGGUGGCUGAUUGGGUCUGCCUGGCAAAGCACGAGAGCAGUUACAACACCAGGGCCAUCAACCGCAACAAGGACGGCAGCACGGACUACGGGAUCUUUCAGAUCAACAGCAAGUACUGGUGCGCCGACGGGCGGACGCCGGGAGCCACCAACGGCUGCCGCAUCGCCUGCAGCAAGCUCAUAGAUGACAAUAUCACAGACGACAUCAAAUGCGCUAAGUUCAUCGCACAGCAGGCACGUGGCCUCACGCCCUGGGUCGCGUGGAAGAGUCGCUGCAGGGGGAAGGAUUUGAGGCCGUACGUCAGGGGAUGCUAGAGCCCAGAGCCAGCCGCACGGACAGCUGGGGGUGGGGCAUGGGAUGGAGGGGUAGACAGAGGGGUGCAGCUGAGGAUA